AGGAUGAGGAAGUGGCUUUCCAUAGUAACGGUUUUAAUAGUUUUGGCUUCCAAAAUCCUUCAAAUGGAAGCGGGCAAGGGACUUCUGAAUGAGUUGAUAGCUAUUCCAACAUGUAACACAAUAAUCUUGGGCUCAACGGUGUUCCCGUGUGCUAACCAUUAUCAAAGGAACUGCCCCCAAUUACCACAGAACGAACCUAACCCAGGAGCUUGGAUGAGGAGAAAUUGCCUUGAUCCUACACGACCAACCGUGGUGACCCCAUACUUCAACAGGUCCGAUACAGUAUUUAAUCACACUCGCACACAGGGAGAAGGCGUCGUUUUGAAAUGCCGCAUAAACAGAUUCAACAACAACUUUAUCUUGAAGUGGACCAAACGCGACACGGGAAGUACAUUGUCAGAACCGAUCUUCAAUAGUAACAUGGAAACGCCAAUCAACUCCCAUCGUAGUUUCUCUAUGGUGCGCAGCUUGGAUAAUCAAUCGGUUACAGCCGAACUGCGGAUAUCUAGACUCGGACCAAACGACGCCGGUGUAUACCGAUGCGUCUUUCAACAGAUAUCCGGCUUCGAGUCUGGAUCCGACUUGUCUGGCGAACAGCUGUAUCGGAUCGAUGUGAGAUAUCCUGCCCGAGUUCGGAGCAUCGGACCUCGUAUUGCACCAUUUUGGAGUUCGGAUCAACAGGAUACGUUUUACUUCAACGAAACAGCCAAUAUCACCUUGACUUGUAUAGCAGACGGAUAUCCGAGACCAGCUGUUACUUGGAGACUUCACGGAUACCCGAGUCUAUCCGAAAGGAUGAAGAGUUUUACCGACGUGGACGGAUCCCUUUACAUACCACAGAUAACGAGAAAUUAUUCAGGCAUUUAUAUAUGCUCUGCACGAAAUUCGCUGAACAGCAGGAAAUCAACCAGAAGAGUGGAGUUGAUCGUCCAAUAUCCGCCACAGUCUGAACAAAGUUACGAGGUACACAAACGAAGUGCUGGUCGGUACCUCCUCUUGCAAGGGUAUUUCACUGGUCUUCCGAGCCCGACAUAUCACUGGUUAAAAAAUGGAAAACUGUUAUCAGCCAGAAACAACUCAUCUGAAGCGGUGUCGGGUCGAAAGCUGGUCAUCGUAGGGAUUGAGCCAGGGAGUCAUUACGCAAAUUACACAUGCGUCGCAACGAAUAUUUUAGGAUCAGCGAGUGUAAAAUUUGAAGUAAACGGUAGCCCUUACCCUCCUGAAAUCUUAAACAGGCAAGCUCUGAGUACGAGGCGGAGAUCGUUUAAUCUGUCCUGGUCGCCUGGUCUGAAUUUUCAAAACGACAUACCUGUUACGUCAUAUAGAUUGCUUUACAGGAGAUUGGAAAUCAAGUCGGAGGGGAACGAAAUGCAAGUCAUUUAUUACCCCAAUGAUGCUCCAAACUCCAUCAACCUUCCAGGCAAUGUCUUCAAAUACUAUCUCACCGAACUGAAGGAGAAUAGUACAUACGAGACAGAAGUUUGUCCGAUAAAUGAUUACGGCAAGGGGGAUUGUGCAAACUAUACCUUCUCUACGCCCAAUGGUAGGUAA